UGCAGAGCGAGGUAUUCUUGUCCAAGUGCUUCGCUUGGGCUGAUCGCGAUGACAAAGGAUUCUUGGCGGAGCACGAUCUCAAGUGUGGCGUGGCAGCAGCGCUUGGCGUCCGGCCGUCUAAACUGCUGCUGACGCAAAUGUUCCGAGGAUGCGAGGCUCCGAGUCACGAGCUCCGCGUCACGCAGAGCGAGUUUGUGUCGGUGAUGAAGACGAGAGUGGCCAGAACGGACUUGCUGGAGGACGUCAGGAGACUCUUUAAGGCGCUCGACUUGAGAGCCGAAGGAUUCAUCUCGCUACGCAGCUUCCAGCAGGCGUGCGAGAUUGCGCUGCCUCUCACGAACCACGAAACGAUGCUACGUGCUUUCCAUGAAGCGGAUCGUGACGGCGACGGACGGGUGACUUAUCAAGACUUUGAGCGAAUGUGUCUCCUCGCAAUUCAGAUCGACGCCAUUAACAACAAAUAGAAAAGAAACGGAUUCUGAAUUAA